AUGAAAGCAGCGUACGGUGGGGAUGCCUCCCCACGCCGCCGGACGUGCAGAAACGUCUGCCUGGCGGCUACAGCUGCCGCCUUAGUCGCAACGAUCGUACUCGUGAUCCUCUGCCUGACGGUGUUCAAGGCAAAGAAUCCCACAACGACGGUCAACUCCGCCGUUCUGAAGGACUUCGAUGUGUCACUCAACAUUCCACGUGUCAGCGUGGACGUGAACUUGACCCUGGGCGUGGAUCUAUCCGUGAAAAAUCCGAAUAAAGUCGGGUUCAAGUACAAAAACAGCACCGCUUCUUUGAACUACCGGGGGAUCCAGGUGGGCGAGGCCCAAAUCGGAUCGGGCGAGAUAUCCGCGGACCAGACGAAGCCCAUGAACGUGACGCUGACCAUCAUGGCGGAUCGGCUGCUGGGGGAAUCAUCGGAGCUCUUUUCGGACGUGCGGGCCGGAACGCUGCCGUUGAAUACUUUUACCAAAAUCUCCGGGAAAGUCAUCGUUUUGGGGAUCUUUAAGAUUCAUGUCGUUUCCACCUCCUCCUGCGACUUCAGUAUCGAUGUCGGUAACCGCACUGUUGGAGAGCAACGCUGCACACACAAGACGAAGUUAUGAUUUUUUAUUUGUUUUGCUUGCCGUAUCGGAUGUUCUUAUUUACUGGAAUUUUUACGGUUGUCUGCUUGUGCGAGCUUAAUUUACAGAUUUGCCCCUCA